GUAUGUAAGUUAUAUGUAUUGUAUGUGAAAUUAAUUUGCAAGUUGCGCGUUGAAAUAAUAUUGAAGUGAACACAUUCGAAAGAUCAUAAAAGUGAAACUAAAAACCAAAAUUUCCUCUAAAAUAACACUGAAAACCCGUUGGAAGCGUUUUUUAUUAGCAAAAUGCCUGCAACAGCGCAUCCUCGCUUUAUCUUCUAUCUACUCUGCGCCGCAUCGCUGCUCGUCGUCGUACGCACCGAUCCCGCCGGCUCGCGAAAUCAGCGUCGCUAUGAGGACUCCAAUGAAGACAUCGCCUACGAAGCAGCCAAACAACUGGGUCAACUGAAUUAUCGUCUCAAUCUGCUGGCAUUCGAGGAACAAUCUCGACAAAUAUCUUUGCCGAAUGUCACAGUGAAUGAUCUAGUAAGUCGUAUACCCUGCACAUGUGAUAAGGGUAUAUGCAAGUGUUGCGCAGGCUUUCUCUCUGUCAUCGGUUUGAAUAGUUGCACAGAAGUGGUUUAUAGACCCGAGGAAUUCUCAUUCGAGCUGCGCAUGCGUGUAAACAAUAAUGUUUGGUUUAAACGCAAAGUCUCUGGCCAAAAUCCACCGCCAUUCUGUUUCCGGCCGCCGCGUUUCAACUUUGCACGCGCUUGCAUACAAUUCCACGAUAUUUGGUUUGUAGGCCGUAAUAUGCAUGUUUGCAUGUUUUUGUCGGGUUCAUUUCAGGGUUAUGAGCUGUUCGAACGUAACUUUGACUGCCUACUUUUCGGCGAGAAAGGCGUGAAAAUUGUCAAACCAGAGGAGGGGUAUCCAGUGCGACCCACUGAUGUGGAAAUCGAUGAUAGUGACGAGCAAAUCGAGGAAUAUGAUGAGAAUGUUGUACGCCGAAGACGACGCAGUCGGCUGAGUAAAGUUAUGCGCUCGAAACGCCAAGUCUAAGCUACUCACAUAUAUUUGCCAUGGCCUUCAAUGACUGAUGAAUUUAUCUCAAAUAUCUAUUAAUUUAAUUUAUUUAUUUAAUAAUUCACCAUCACAAAACAGACAAUAAAGAAACCUUCGGAAUUAUACUUAUGAUGCAAAACUGCUUCAACCAGUUGUUUGAGACUGAAUCUCCUCAGCUGCAUCGACGACUAACAAACAGACUUUGAACCACACUCCACUCGCUCCGAAAGCUCCCCACUGCAGGCGAAGAACCUGCAUGUUAACGAAACUAAGCACAAUUCAAAGUGAGAAAAACUCCAAAAAAAUCAUAGCGAAAAGGAAAACUUCAUUUAUUCAAAACGUGGCAAUCGCUUUAAAGCAUGCCGUUUUGUGGUGUGUGUCUUAGCUUUCGUCUUAAGAGCUUUAAAAUUCAUUCGUAUCCUUAUUCUAUAAAUAUAUAUUCUAAUACAUUAUUACUUCAUAUUCUUAUAAAUUUACAAAUAUAUCAAAUUAUCGGCUUUACUUUUAGUCUAUAUUAAGUUUAAUUUAAUUUACAACAACU